GCGCGCUACUGAAAUGUCACAAACCAUGUGAGAAUUAACUAAGUGGAAAUUCUCUGAAUGUUAUUUUAGACAAACCUUGAAGUUAAAUAAACUUGUCAUUUGUUUAUACAAAUUUUAAUAAAUUUGGGUCACAUAUCUCCACUAUGGCAGAAGGAACAUACGAAUAUGAAUGCAUGAGGGCAGAACUACUUGGCGUUGAUAAACCAGACUAUGAAGAAUUUUUGAAGAAACAAGAAGAAAACGAAAAAAACAAAGUCGAGGAGGAAGAACAAGACUUACAAGCUCUUCAGGAUGCUGAUUCUCAAAAUGACAACUUAAAAAAUAUAUCGGGAGGUUUGGAGGAGUUAAACGGUAUUUUGGCUGUCACGCAAAGAAAGAUUAACAGAUUUAAGGCUUCAUGCGGUUCCCUUACCAACCUACUAAAGAUAAAAAUGGGUGGGGCUCAUCUUGCGAACUCCACCAACGACGUCUCAGUAGAUCCAACUUCCUCGUCCAACGUCGAAAACCCGGUGGGGACCGGAAGUAACGUCACAGCAAACGGAGAUCGCCCAACAAACGACGAAGUUCGAGAGAAUGGUACGCAUAGAAAAAGCGACCUGACCAAGGCGUUAGACAACCACGUUGACAGGUUGGAUUUGAUGCUGGAAAAGGCGGAAAACGCUCAGUACAGCAUGAAGCAUCAAAAUAACCAGAUGAAAAGGUUCCUUAAUUAAAUAUCGUUGGUUAAAUUGUAACAUUUUUUAUAUUGUUUUUGGUGGCAAAUAAACUAUCACGUUUCCUGUUGGUCAGAUAAAAAAAAGCUAAAACAAAAAUUCAAUUUAAGUAUGAAAAAUUGAUAAACAUACAAGUUGCUCGGUUGAACACCCCCGUUUGUAGUAAACUGCAAUAAAAAAUAGGGUGUUCCAUUGGAAAUUUUGUUGUCAUUUUUUUGUCUGACCAGUAGAAAAGAAUAUAAAACGAUGCAAACUUUACCCCCUCAAAUUUUGACAGAUGGACGGACCUAUACUAAAGGAACUUAAUUUACUAACCUUGCACAAAUAUGCCCACACUAUACAGGGUGUUUUACAUUCGUGGUUCAUUAGAAGUUUCUGAGGAACGGAAAAAAUGUAACUUCCGGUUUAACCGGAAGUGGCAUCAACCUUGUUAUUUCAAAUACAGAAUUUAAAAAUGUAAAAAUAUAUGGCGUGUUCCAUUUGAAAUAACAAAGUUGAUGUCACUUCCGGUAAAACCGGAAGUGGCAUUUUGUUUAAAAUAUUUUAGAAAAAUGGACAUAAAUGGGUUAUAAACGCUUUUCAAAUUUCAAAUCGAUUUUUUUAACGUUCCCCAGAAACAUCUAAUGUACCACCAAUGUGAAACACCCUGUAUAUAGCAAUAAAUGUUGUAUUUAAAUAUAAUUAAUAUUUAUAAAAUUGUAUUAUAUUAAUGUUGUAUAGUUUUUAGUUAUUAUGGCACGACUGCAGUCAAAUUUGGAAAAAAAUAUUCCAGUGGAGAUUUUGUUUAGGUAUUUGUAGAAACUUCGAUAUUUGGCAACGCCGCUUGGGACUUUUGACACAAUUUCAGUGCCAUGCAUAAACAAAAAAUAUUCACUAGGAUUUUUUCCAAAGUGACUGGGUAAAUUGCGGUUGUGAAUAUUGUAAAUGUUUAUUAGAAAAUUUACCAAAAAAACCUUAAGAACGGUAAAGGUAAAACGUGUGCUUCCGAAACUUAAAUCGAUUAAUUAAGAAUAAGUAUCGAAUACAUUGUUUAUUUUUUUGUGAUUAAAAAACACCAAUAUUUUAAAAAUAAAUGUCUGUAUUUAACGAGAA